AUGGCCGAAGCCGCUACUUCGGAAGCCGCGGGGCUGACGAAGGUGAAGAAGCGAAAGCGAUGGAUGCCUCUUGAAUCCAACCCAAAGGUGGUUGGCAAAUAUCUGACGAAAUUGGGAUUCGACAGCCAGUACGAGGUGCAUGAGCUGUUAUCACUUGAGCCUUGGGCCCUUCAGAUGAUUCCUCGUCCGACCAGGGCCGUCUUUUUGCUCUUCCCUCAAGGCAAGGAGCUUGCAGCUGCAGAAGAGACCGAGCGCCUCGCGGUGACAACCGCGUCGCCACCACCGGGCGUGCUUCACAUGAAGCAGCUCAUCGGCAAUGCCUGUGGAACUAUUGCCGUUGUGCAUGCCAUGGCGAACCUCUGCAAACAUUCAGAUGCCUCGGCCGCAGAAGGAUCUUGGCUGGAGCGCUUCCUUGUGAACUACAAGGAGGGGAUGACUAGCGAAGAUCUGGGCACGAUGCUGGAGGAAGAUGUUGCGAUUGAAGCCGCGCAUACUGAAGCAGAACGGGAAAGUGAGGCGUCCAGCGGGCAUGCCACGAACAAGGAUUUACAUUUUAUCGUCUUCGUGUGCAUUGAUGGGCUUGUUGUCGAGCUUGAUGGCUGCAAAGACAAGCCCGUCGUUCGCGGAAACCUGGGAGACCACGGUGGCGAUUUCCUGACCGCAACUGUGAAGGUGAUUCGGGAGAGAUACAUGAAUGUGUCUCCGGAUCCGAUGCGGUUCAACAUGAUGGCCCUGUGCAAAGUUGGAGUAGAGGAGCUUAUGGCCUCCGGUGCAGCACCUCUCAUCUCGGAGGAGGCGCUGGCACAACUCAUGGCUCUGGGCUUCGAUGCAGAUGCAGCAAAGUCUGCUUUGGAAGCAGCCGGUGGCAAUGCGGAGGAGGCUGCUAACUUCCUGCUUGGCUGA